AUGGCCUCCUGGAUCCUUCUGCUCCUUGCCUUGGCGCUCCUGGGCUCCCCAGGUCUCCCCUUUUCUGGUGUGACCUCUGAGUGCUCCGACCCGGCGAUGGCCCCCCUGAAUGACGGAGAGCAGCUCUUCCUGGGCCUGGCCCAGGGGGGCCCCCAGGCUGACCUGCCGACCACCUGUUGGCUGUGCAAGAGGAUAAUCCAGCAGCUGUUGGACAUGGUGGGGGAGCAGCCGGAUAAGGACGCCAUCGCCAAGGCUGUGUCCCGCGUGUGCGGCAAGGUGAAAGGCGUCCUGAGAGGCCUCUGCAAGCGCAUCAUGAGGAAGUCCCUGCAGCGCGUCUCCGCGGACAUCAUGGCUGGCAAAGAGCCCCGCGCCAUCUGUGUGGACGUCCGCAUGUGCAAGGCUCGGGCCGGUCUCCUGUUAGCCUCUGGCUCCGCCCAGGGGAGAAAGCACAAGAACCCCAGCCCUCGCUCGUGGCCCCUCCUUCGGUCCUAAAUCCGGAGUCAGCCUCCAGUU